AAGAGCAGGUUGGGAAACCUAGCCAAGCUGGGAUCCAAACACAGCCCCCCUUCCAAAGAAGACGGCCCCCGCGCCCCCUGGAAAUCGGAGCUCCCUUCUACCAAGACAAUCAGCUGCAAGUCAAGGUCUACUGGAAAAAGACAGAAGAUCCCAGCAUCAACAGAUACCACGUGCAGUGGUUUCCAGAGGUGUGUGCCCACAACAGAACGGCCGGAUCGSAGACCUCAUCUGCCGUGACCCACGAAAAUCACAUCAUCCUUCAGGACCUGUCCUUUUCCUGCAAAUAUAAGGUGAGCGUCCAACCUCUCCGGCCCAAGAGCCACUCGAAGGCAGAGACCAUUCUCUUCUCGACCCCACCGUGCUCCGCCCUGAAGGGGAAAAGCCACAAGCACGUUAAUUGUCCCGGUGACACAGGUCCCGUUGGGUCCAAAGUCCUGGCCAAGCCAGAGAACCUUUCUGCCUCCUUCGUCGUCCAGGACGUCAACAUCACUGGCCACUUUUCCUGGAAGAUGACCAAGGCCCACCUCUACCAGCCCAUGACCGGGUUCCAAGUGACGUGGGCCGAGGUCACCACGGAGAGCCGGCAGAACAGUCUUCCCAACAGCAUCAUCUCCCAGUCCCAGAUCCUGCCCUCAGACCAUCACGUGCUCACGGUGCCCAACCUGAGGCCAUCCACCCUUUACCGGCUGGAAGUCCAAGUGCUGACCACCGGAGGAGAAGGGCCSGCCACCAUCAAGACCUUCCGCACCCCAGGUCUGCCGCCCUCGGCUGCCCACAGACYCCACCUGAAACACCCUCACCUGCAUCAUUACAAGCCUUCUCCAGAAAGGUACUGAACUGCUCCAAGGCUUGGAGGGACCGGGGACAYGGCCACGUCCCCCUCCACCCGCCCCCAAAGAAGCGGCAGGUACUUCUGCGAGACCUUCCUCUCCCGGACAAUUCUGUGCACCUCUGCUAGCCCCAGCUGCUCCUGGAACAUCGCAGUCCRUCCCCAGGACGGACAAGAGAUCCCUCCGAAAACCAGACCAGGUCCAGUCAACCCUGGAUUUCAGUUUUGUCGACGGUUUUGCUCACCUCGAUGGACGGUUUGCAGAAUCGAGCUCUCCCUGAAUUUGGAACAGUACAAUAUCCAAGCUGAGGACUGGGACCAGGACCCAGUUCACAGGCAUAUCCCACAUACCUUGAAUCCACCCAUCAGACUUGAUUAAAUCAUUGUUUUUGAUUUACAAGCCUUU